CAACAACAACAACAACAUCGCAAUCACAUAUCAUAUCAAGAAAAGCAAAGGAUUUGGUUCCAAGUGAAUUUCGUGUCAAUUUGCAAAGCAAAGCAAAAAUUCUUAAGAAAAUUGCAAGACAAAUCUGCUAUAUAUAUAUCCAUAUAUGUGUAUAUAGAUGAUUUUAUUUUUUUGUUCUUGUGUGUGCGCGUUUAAGUGCUAAACCAAUAUACGAAAAGAGAGUGUGCGGUGUGCGGUGCUGUGUGCGGUGCUGUGUGUGUGUGUGUGUGUCGUGCGGUGUCAGUGUAUGCGUGCAGCUUCCUGUGCAACCGGUCCAAGGCUCAGGCGACAAGUAACAAGCAAGCUCUGCACCUGCAGAAGAAAUAUAAGAAAAAUAUUGCUUAAAGAAAAACCCGUUUUGUUGUUAUUUUUUUUUUUGUUGUAUUUCGGGAAGCUGCCAAACUCGAACAAGCAACAAAGCAACAACAACAACUCCAAGCUGAGCCACAGGCAGCCCAAGGCCGCCCAACAACAACUGCAACAGCAACAACAACAACAACGAGCGGAAAAUUGUGUUGUUGUUGUGUGCUUUUCCUUCAACGGUGCUGCUGCUGAUUUUUCUUCAGCCUCAACUGUGGACAUUUCCUUUAUGCACGAAUAAAGGCGACUUGCAACGCGCCUAAUCACAAUGUUGCCAUAUCGUCAGCCCCUGCUGACUCUGCUCCUGCUUGCCACGCUGCUCGUCCUGCCAAAUGCCACGCUGGCCAAGUCAAAGAAGGGCAACAAAUCGAACCAGAACUCACACUACAGCGACUCCUCCUCGAGUGGUAGCAGCAACAGCAACAACAAUGCGGGCAACAGCGACGAAACCACAAAAAUCAAAGGACACGGCGAUGGAGGCCAACACUUUGCCAUGGAGCCACAGGAUCAAACCGCUGUCGUCGGCUCACGAGUAACGCUGCCGUGUCGCGUCAUGCAAAAGGUCGGUGCACUGCAAUGGACCAAGGAUGACUUUGGCCUCGGCCAACAUCGCAAUCUCAGCGGCUUCGAGCGCUACUCGAUGGUGGGCAGCGAUGAGGAGGGCGAUUUCUCGCUCGACAUUUAUCCGCUGAUGCUCGACGACGAUGCCAAAUACCAAUGCCAGGUGGGACCUGGGCCACAGGGUGAGCAGGGCAUACGAUCGCGAUUCGCCAAUCUGACGGUGCUUGUGCCACCCGAGGCGCCAAAGAUACUGCAGGGUGACUAUCUGGUGACCACCGAGGAUCGUGAAAUCGAACUCGAAUGCGUGUCGGUGGGCGGCAAACCCGCUGCGGAAAUCACCUGGAUCGAUGGCCUGGGCAAUGUCCUCACCGCCGAGAGUUUCUUUGAACCGCUCGCCGAUUCCAGACGCGUCACCACCAAAUCCGUCCUCAAGCUGGCGCCCAAAAAGAAAUAUCACAAUACGACAAUCACGUGUCAGGCGCAAAACACCGCCGAUCGCACAUAUCGCUCAGCCAAAGUCCUACUUGAGGUGAAGUAUGCCCCCAAGGUGUCCGUUUCAGUAGUGGGCGGUGCUCUCGCCGAGGGACGCAUCCCGGAGGGGGCUGAGGUUAUUCUCGGCUGCCAGGCGGAUGCGAAUCCGCACGAGGUCAGCUAUCGCUGGUUCAUCAACGAUGAGCUCAUGACUGGCGACUUUACCACCAAAAUGAUCAUACACAAUGUAACGCGACAAUAUGACGAGGCGAUCGUCAAAUGCGAGGUGGUCAAUGCCGUUGGCAAGAGCGAGGAAACCGAAACGCUCGACAUCAGCUAUGGUCCCGUGUUUCGACAACGACCCGCCAGUAAAGAGGCGGAUUUGGGCGCCACUGUAACGAUGCGCUGUGAAGUAGCCGGAAAUCCUGCGCCGAAGAUCGAAUGGAUCAGCGAGAACUCCGAUCGGGUUGUGGGAAACUCACCGGAGCUGAAGAUCAAGGUGAGCAGCAAUACGGCGGGACGUUACUUCUGCAAGGCGACGGUCGAGGGUUUUUCCGAGAUCGGUGCCGAGGCCACGAUCUAUGUGAAACGUGCACCGAUCAUCACCUCACAGAAGGUUCAAUUCGGUGCCGUUGGCUCGCGGGCAAAGAUCGAUUGUCUGGCAUUUAGCAUACCGAAGGCAGAGCAUAUACUCUGGUCCUUUGAGGGCAAGCUGAUUAACAUGAGCAGCGCCGAUCCGGAUAUCUACAUAUUCGAGGAGCAUCAUCUGCCCGAGGGCGUGCGUGCUGCACUGAUCAUCAAGGAGAGCCGAUCGACGCAUUAUGGCAAAUACAAUUGCACCGUACUGAAUUCGUAUGGCGGUGAUUCGCUGAUGAUUACACUUGUUCCCGAACCGGGCAGCAUACCCGUUGUCCUCGUUGUCUUGGGAUCGAUCUCAACGGUGGCCAUUGUGCUGCUGAUCGUGAUGAUUGUGAUCGUGUAUGGCAAGCGACGCAGUCGCAAGAAGCCAAUGCCAGCCGAUGUUAUACCGGAGGCAUCGCGUGGCGGCGAUAAGCUCAACGAACUGAAGAGCGAACUGCGCUCCAAGGCCUACGAUGUGGAGUACUCCGAGGCGGGCAACGAUGGCCUCGCCAUCAAUCUCACCCAGACGCCAAUGCCGGAUGUCCAAAUGAAGGGCGCCACCUUGGGUGUUCCACUCGCUGGUCCCGUCAAGUUCGACGAACGCUUCUCGGGCGAUUAUGGCGAGCGUUACAAUCGCCAGUGUCACAUCAAGAAUCUGAAGAAUCAACAGGAGCAGGCCUACAAGGAGAGCACCACCAAUGGCUAUGCGCCGUACUUUGAAUACGCUCUCGACUACAGUCCGCCCGCCGACAGUGGCAAGCCGAAAGCUGGGGGCGGUGGCGGUGGCGGUGGCAUCAACUCAGCCACCUUGCCCCAUUAUGCCGCCAAUGUGGCAACCUCAGCGGCUGGCGGCGGUGGUGUUGUCACAUCGACCACCAUGGGCGGAAGUGGAGCCAGCUUGCCACGCAAUCAGCGUCACGAGUUGCACCAGCAGCAGCCACAGACAUCGCAGGCCAACGGAUUUCUGGGUCAACCGCUGUUGCAGAACGGCAUCGAUAGUCGCUUUAGCGCCAUCUACGGCAAUCCGUAUCUACGCACAAAUUCAUCCAUUUUGCCACCGCUACCGCCGCCGAGCACCGCAAAUCCAGCGGCCACGCCCGCCCCACCGCCCUACCAUGCUGCCCGGCAUGCCAACAGCAACGGGGGCCUGAAACACUUCAUUGGCAGCGGUUACGGGGCGAGUGCCAGCCUCAGCAUGGGUUCUGGAACCGGAACCGGAGUCGGCGGUGGAAUUGGAGUCGGUGGCGGAGUCGGUGGCGGAGUUGGAGCUGGAAGCAGUGCGAGUGGCGGACCUGGCAGCGUCAGUGGCAGCAGCUCCAAUUUGACGGCGAGCAGUAAUACACUGGCGGCCACGCCUCUCACACAGCCCUCGCUAUGCGGUGGCCCCUUAGGAGGCGUGGGCGUGGCUGGGUCACAGCAGAGUGCACAAAGUCCCUCCGGGCAGUUCAUACUGCCCACCAAUGGCAAGGGCGUUACACAAAAGGGGCCGCUGGCCACGCAUGUUUAAGCGAGUAGCGGAUCCGGAUCCGGAACUGGAACUCGAACCGAAACCGAAACCGGAACUGCAAUUGGAGCUCGCAUUAGCCGAGUGUAGUGCAUAUUUAUUCGAUCUGUAUUUGUAUUUGUAUUUGUAAUGUCUAGACUCUAGACUCCCCCUAGGAAACUAAGCGCAGUUCUAAUGUGUGUGUAAUAUUUUUUUUUUGUUUUUUUUUUCGAACAUAAUUCGAUCAUAUAUAAAAAACCGUAUUGUGAUUUAUAGCGUUAAUUAUUUUAUGGCAAACUCAAGCAAAGAAAACAUUUAACAAGAAAAUGCAAAAAAA